AUGUCAUCAUCAAUUAUUUCAUUACUUGCUUUAGCUGGUAAACAAAUAACUAUUUAUUUGGGCACAUUUACUCUUGUUGUUGGUGUUAUUGGUGGAUUACUCAAUGUCAUUGUUUUCCUUAGUCUGAAAACUUUUCGAGAAAGUUCUUCUGCAUUUUAUUUAAUUAUUAUGUCCAUUGUCAAUAUAGGUCAACUGCUUACUGGUUUACUUUCUCGAAUUAUGACAAGUGGUUUUGGUAUUGAUUGGACAUUAACAUCUUUAUUUUAUUGCAAAUUUCGAUAUUACUGUUUUAAUAUAUGUGCAGAAAUGUCAAUGACUUGCAUUUGUUUGGCAAUAAUUGAUCAAUAUUUAGCCACUUCUUCUCGUGCACAAUGGCGACAAUGGUGUAACAUGAAAAUAGCUUAUCGUUUGGUGUUACUAUUUGUUCUCAUUUGGAUUAUUCAUAAUAUUCCUUUUAUGAUCUGUUAUGAUCAUGUUAUAUCAAUAACGACAGGUCAAGUCAUAUGCAUAAAUAUGAAUAAUAUUUUUCAACAAUAUACAAUUUAUGGCACUACUCUAAUUAUUGGAAAAGUUAUUCCUAUCUGUAUUACAUUUGUGUUUGGACUUUUGGCUUAUCAUAAUGUACAACAAUUAGGUUAUCGGACAAUACCUCUUGUUCGUCGUGAAUUAGAUAAACAGUUGACAGUGAUGAUUUUAGUUCUCAUUGUUUUUGCUUUCUUUACUAAUAUGCCAUUUGUUAUUGUAUACAUUCUAUCAGCAAUGCCAGGACUCACUCAAGAUCCUGUCGUAUCAGCACAAAUACAAUUUGCCAAUCUUGUGACCACAUAUCUUGUUUAUAUAUAUUUUGCAGUGAGUAUCCUUAAAUUAAACAUAUAG